UUGGAAUAGUUAGUCAAUGGCGAGUUUGUUUUCCCGGAAGACCGAGAUUGAAAACUGUACAGAGGGGGUUCUUGAGAUACGAGAGGUCGAGAGAGGUGAUGAAUCGGGGGGCACGCUAUUCGCUACGAUGCCACCUAAGGAUCGCAAGGUGAUAAAAGCCAAGACAUUCCUAGAUCGUAGUUCUUAUGAUGGUGUUCCCAGAACAGUUCAUGUCAGCGCAACAACUGCUAAAGGUACGAAGACAACGAUGUUCCUUCCAGCACAGUUUUUCGCUAACCACGAACGAAUCGUCUUUAAGCUAGACGGGGAAAAACUAGUGGCGGUGGAGCAGAAACAAUCCCCAGAAUCCUCAUCAUCAGGGACUCGUUAAAAUAUGGGCUAGUUUGUUAUUGUUUUGCUUUCAAUAAAACUGCUUUUAAUGUUUGUAAAGUAAAAGCAAUUAGAGCGUUUGACAAUCUGAGUUUGUAAACGUAAUGUGAGCGUUGUAAAAUUUUUAUGUAAAACUGUUCUGAUUGUGUACCAUAAUAAAAAGGUAUUAAUUU